AUGGUUAGUCCAUCUGUUGUUCACUGGUUUCGGUUAGACCUAAGAAUUCACGAUAACCUCGCACUUAGAAAUGCAAUUAAUGAGGCCGAAAACCGAAAGCAUAUUUUGAGACCAAUAUAUGUUAUAGACCCUGAGGUAAAAAAUCGCAUAGGCAAAAAUAGACUGAGGUUUCUUAUUCAAAGUUUACAAAACCUGGACACAAAUUUGCGGAAACUAAACACACGUCUUUAUAUUAUUAAAGGUAUGGCAACAGUAUCAUUACCAAAAGUCUUUGAAAAUUGGAAUGUGAAAUAUUUAAGUGUACAAGUUGAUAUUGAUCCUGAAUAUGUUGCGCAAGAUGAAGUAAUAGAAAAGUUCUGUGAAGAAAAUGAUAUUUUCGUAGUAAAACGUGUUCAACAUACAGUAUAUGACGUUCAAGGAAUUUUAAAGAAAAAUAAUGGUAGUGUCCCAUUAACAUACCAAAAGUUUUUGUCUUUAGUUAGGGAUCAACAAGUUAGAGAAUGUAUUGAGUUAAAUAAGAAAUUAUCUGAUUGCUGUAAGCCUGAAGAUAUAGAAUCUAACGAUUAUGACAUUCCAUCAUUGGAAGAGUUGGGUAUCGAAGAAUCUUGUCUUAUUGAAUGUAAAUACCAAGGAGGAGAAACAGAAGCAUUAAAUAGGCUGAAUAUGUACAUGGCUAAAAAGCAGUGGGUAUGUGCUUUUGAAAAGCCAAACACAUCGCCAAAUAGUUUAGAACCAAGCACUACUGUUUUAAGUCCCUAUAUAAGCCAUGGCUGUUUGUCAGCCAAACUUUUCUAUCACAAACUUAAACAGGUAGAGUGUGGCAAUAGGCAUAGUGAACCACCUGUUUCACUAAUGGGCCAAUUGAUGUGGCGAGAGUUCUAUUAUACAGCUGGGGCUGGUACUAAAAACUUUGAUAAGAUGGUUGGAAAUUCUGUGUGUACUCAAAUACCAUGGAAGAAAAAUGAUGCCUAUUUGCAAGCAUGGGCUGAAGGGAAAACUGGAUAUCCUUUUGUGGAUGCUAUCAUGCGUCAAUUAAGACAAGAGGGUUGGAUACAUCAUUUAGCACGACACAUGGUUGCAUGCUUUUUAACACGUGGGGAUCUCUGGGUGUCAUGGGAAGAUGGAGCAAAAGUUUUUGAAGAUCUACUCCUCGAUUAUGAUUGGUCUUUAAAUGCUGGUAACUGGAUGUGGUUAUCAGCCUCUGCAUUCUUUUACAAGUAUUUUAGAGUGUACAGUCCUGUUGCAUUUGGAAAGAAAACUGAUAAGGAGGGAAUGUACAUUCGCAAAUAUGUUUCUGAGUUGAAAAAGUACCCUACUGAAUUUAUUUAUGAACCAUGGAAGGCACCUAAGUCAGUGCAAACAGCUGCUGGUUGUACAAUUGGUGUAGAUUACCCUAAGCGAAUAGUUGACCAUGACAAAAUUCAUAAAGAAAAUAUGCAAAAAAUGUCAGCAGCUUAUAAACUUAACAAGGAAAAAAAAUCCCUUAAAAGACCCAGAUCUGACUAA